AUGACGAUAGAGAUGGCCUCGCUGGAGGAUCGGUUCCAGGUCCUCAAGGAGGUCGGCGAUGGCAGCUUCGGCAGCGUCGCCCUGGCCAGAGUGCGCACUGCAGGCUCAAAUGUCGCCCGUCGAGGGACCAUGGUCGCCAUCAAGACGAUGAAGAAGACAUACAACUCCUUCACCGAGUGUCUGGAUCUCCGCGAGGUCGUCUUCCUGCGCUCGUUGCCGCAGCACCCGCACCUGGUGCCUGCCUACGACAUCUUCCUCGACCCGGGCACCAAGAAGCUGCACAUCUGCAUGGAGUACAUGGACGGCAACCUCUACCAGCUCAUGAAGGCGCGAGAACACAAGCCCCUCGAGCCCAAGGCCGUCAAGUCCAUCCUCUUCCAAAUCCUGUCCGGCCUCGACCACAUACACGCCCACCAAUUCUUCCACCGCGACAUCAAGCCCGAGAACAUACUAGUCUCCAGCAACACCUCGCUCGAGUCCUCCUCGUCCACCUUCAGCCGCUACUCCCAUCUCGUCACCCCGCCCUCUACGCCCUCAAACUACACCGUCAAGAUCGCUGACUUUGGCCUCGCCCGCGAGACACACUCGAAACGACCGUACACAAACUACGUUUCAACGCGGUGGUACCGCGCUCCCGAGGUGCUGCUCAGAGCCGGUGCGUACUCCGCUCCAGUCGAUAUGUGGGCUGUUGGCGCCAUGGCAGUCGAAAUAGCUACCCUGAAGCCCCUUUUCCCCGGCAAGAACGAGAUCGACCAGGUAUGGCGCGUGUGCGAGAUCAUGGGCUCGCCUGGCAACUGGUACAGCAAGAACGGUGCCAGAGUCGGCGGUGGUGAAUGGCGAGACGGAAUCAAACUCGCUCAACGGCUCGGCUUCUCGUUCCCAAAAAUGGCUCCCCAUGCACUGGAAACAAUUCUCCCAACCACACACUGGCCGCUCGCUCUUAGCCAGUUUGUGACAUGGUGUCUUAUGUGGGACCCCAAAGCUCGUCCUACCUCGACUCAGGCCCUCAAUCACGAAUACUUCACAGACGCCGUCGAUCCGCUACGGCCCAAGUCGUCUACUGCUCGUCUACUCGGCCGCCGCCAGAGCGAUAAGAACUUCAAGGUUAAGGAUGUCGAUGCGCCCACACCAACACUAGUCUCCAAGCCAUCAUGGUUCAGACGGUCCAUUAUUGGAGCUACUGGACGAGAGAGCCCGGCUCUGGCUAACAUGGCUGAGAACACCUCAGAACCAUCGUCUACAAAUGAACAGCAGGCUACCAUGGUAAAGGUCAGUCCCGAAGUGGCUGUACAAGUACAGGUCAAAACAAAAUCGAAGCGUGCUACUUGGGCAAACGGUGCUCCCAUGCCCAUCCUUCCAUCCAUUCGGCCUGUGUCACCUCUUUCCAAUGCCGUCACAGCCCAGGGUAACUCUCAUGCGAACAAUACCAACGCCAAUUCUCCAGACAGAAAGGCAGCGAACCAAAACGGCACACAGCAGGCCAACCCAGCUGCGUCCAAGAAGGUGGCUCGCCAGCUGUCCGUCAACAGCAAUGGGAAUCACUAUUCAGAUGCCCACCGAGCAGAGGCAGAGCGUGCUCUCAACGGGUCUACGGCUACCACACCCACCCAGAAAGAAAGUUUCUUCUCUCAUCUACGGAAACGGGCUCGUCGGUUAUCUGGAAGAAAUCAGACUACUAUUCCAGCAGAUGACGUGGAGGCUAAUGCUGCUAGUGCUGCCUGGUCUGGUCCUACAUCUAAUCGGUCGAGCAUGGCCAUUGACCCCAUCACCACCAGCCCGAUAGCAAAGCAGUCAUCUAUGGCCAAGGGGAAAAAUGGAUUUGCGGAUCUCGAUAAGGCAUUGCAGGAUGUCAAAUAUUCGCUGGACAAGGCCUCUAGUCCCCAAGCGACUAGCGUCGCUGCCAUAAGCCAGAUCCCUUCUCCUGCCCAAAGUGUGUCAAACACUGCUCAGAAUCCUGCAGCUGGACCCAUAUCCAGUCGGACUCGACGUGCUCUGCAGCUGUCCUCUCGUCCCGUUCAGCGGUACGAAACACCGGAGGAGGAAGAUGAACUCCUCCAGGAGGUACUCUACUCUACCUCCAACGCUGCCAGGCAUCUGCUAGCCGAUCAGCCUGAGCCGCCUAGCGACGAACACGUCUACCACCAACAGCAGCGACAGCACCAUCUGCAGCAACAACAACAACGGCAGCAGCAGCAGCAACAACAACAACAGGCGUCAAACACAUACCCAUUCAUCGACACUGACCUUGACACACAAAUGCAUCAUACUCCGUCAAUACGGACAGUGGAUGACAGCUGUCGCGCAGGUCACAAUCCGUAUCCUACCCCUUCUCCGACUGCCAGACGCGACGGGCUGGGCAUGAACAUGGGUAUGAACAUGGGCAUGGGUAUUGGCCUCGCGCUGACUCCUGACGAAACGCCCUCGAAACCAAUGGCCAAGGGAUUUGUCACCACAAACCUAGGGAAUCGACAAGGUCCCACGCCUCCGUACGAUGACAAUCAAUGGCCUAGCGCCGUCGGCGUAGGUGGCUUUUGA